ACUGUUGCUAGCGAAUGGCUAUCUAACUAACUUAAGUUGCAACUCAAGACCACAAAUCCUCACAAAAAUGGACGGUUCUACGCGUGAGCGCCUCGGAAGGGUCAAUGAAAUGUAUUCAUCAAGUACCUGAUAUGCGAACGAGACCGCAAAAUGCUAACUCGGGGCGAAAACGUUAUUGAAUGAAAGUUGGACUCUUUGCUGUCGGAUAUUUUGAAGCUUUUCGGUACUCACAUGAGUUCCAGGGAGGCAGCCAAGAUGGGGGACAUCUUGGCAAAUGAAGCCGAUCUUCUUGGGAUGAUUAAGGAGUACCUUAAAUUUGAAGAAUUUGAAGAGACUCUUCACAGUUUUGAGAAGGAGUGCAAAAGGAAAGGCAAACUCGCCUCAAAGCCUCGAGGGAAUACUCUCAAUGACUCAAAGACACGUGUCAUUCAGAAAGACCUUCUAAGCUCAUUUGAUGAUGGAGACCACAGGGUGUUCUUUGAACUGUGGACAGAGAAUAUUCCCCCCAGAGUUAAAGACACUGAUGCUGAGGCCCAGGGACUGGAGUUCUACCUUUACAUCCACUUUACAAUCUACCCACUGAGGAGGCACCCUGUAGGACAUGACCGUGCUGAGUUUGAAGAGAGGGUUUCCUUCUUCAAGCAGUACCUGGAAACUCGAGGAGAAGCUCUGAGCCAGACCACAGAGUUUCUGCCUUACUAUGCUUUGCCUUUUGUUCCCAACCCAACUGUCCACCCAUCUUUCAAAGAACUGUUCCAGGAUUCCUGGAUGCCAAAAUUGAGAGAUAAGCUGGAGCAGUUCCUGUCAGUGAUACUUAAGCCAUCUAACAGCCCAAGGCUGAUGACUUUAUAUAAGGAGAGUGGAAGGAGUACUAAAGAGGCCACACAGCAGUUACAGCUCCAGCUGGCUGAAUCGGAUCGCCGCAUCACCAGCUACGUACGGAAGUUCAACAAGAUGCAAGCUGACUACCACAACCUGAUUGGAAUCACUGCUGAGUUGGUCGACUCAUUGGAGGCCACCGCCAGCGGAAAGAUGAUCUCCCCCGAGUACCUGCAGAGUAUGUGUGUUCGCCUGUUCAGCAGCCAGAUGAGACAGAGUGUGGUGCAGAGCACGGACUUCACCAGGCCAGGCACUGGAUAUUACUCUAUGAGUCCCUAUGAUGAUGGCUAUGCUUCCUCUAUGCUACGAGCAUCCAUUGCACCACAGAGAACAAAGGAUGUGCCAAUGUUGCCCUCGUUAGACUAUGAGAAGCUUAAGAAAGACCUCAUCGAAGGCUCAGAGAGACUUCAGUCUCUGCUACUUCAAGCACUGCGCUGGAGACUCACCCGCUCACUCCCUGGUGAACAGAGAGACACUGUGCUUCAGGCUUACAUCAGCAAUGAUCUACUGGAGCGGUACAGUACUAAAGAGAAAACUGUGCUUCAUUUAAUGAGAUCACCAAAUGAGAUUGUCCGUCAAUACAUGGCCCGUCUCAUCAAUGCAUUUGCUUCCCUUGCAGAGGGUCGUGUUUACCUCUCCCAAAUCCCCAUUCUUCUGAAACAUCUGACAGAAACGCUCAGGAAGGAAGAAAAAGAAUCUCUUACUCGGGAAAAUGUCCUUGUGGCCCUGCAGAAACUCAGCCUCAGGAGGAGUCAGCAGACAGCCAUGAUCGCAGAUGAUCUGAUUGGUUGGCUAGUGGAUGAGCUCCAGGACUCAGACUGCCUCAGUGACUACAACCUGGAGUAUUCUGCAGCUCUGCUUAUGAACCUGUGUUUGCGAACACAGGGAAAAAGGAAGUGUGCAGAAAACGCCAAGCAUGUGCUAAAAGUUUUGACUGACCUCCUUGGACAUGAGAACCACGAGAUUUGGCCAUAUGUGAAUGGAGCUCUAUACAGCAUCCUGUGCAUUCCCUCUGUGCGACAGGAAGCCAGAGAGAUGGCAGAGAAAGUUGUAAAUGGAAGUGCAGUUUUCCCGUAUGCCAUAAAAUGUGGAGUUGCAAUCACAAAAAGUAUAAAAGAUGGACACAGCUUCCAGGUCUGCAAACUGAAGUCAAUGCGAUCAAGCGUUGAAGAGAUUCUACGCUGCUACAUCAAAGAGGAGAACCCAAAUCUUAACAGACAGAUUGAAUUCAUCAUUAAACAGCUAAACUCAGCUGAAGAGGAAGGACUAGAGUCUGACGAUGAGGAGGAAGAGGAUGACAAUGACGAAGAUUUAAUGGAGAUCGACAUUGAUAGAGAGGAAGUUCUUCAGCCACAGCACAGGGAACUGUCUGGGGAAAGCCUCCUCACCACUGAGUACCUGGGAAUCUUGACCAACAUGACAAAAGUGAAAAGGAAGCCAACCCCUCUACCACAGCCAGCUGCCGAUGAGCCGCUACAGCGACCAGUCACCCCUAGUUCUCAUCGUAAUAUCAGCGUGGGGGAUUAUCGACCCGCCAGUCGGGGAGGCGAGACCAGCAGAGACACAGAAUACAGACAGAAGAGCGGGGAAGGAAGCCUGCCACACUCUCGAUACAACUCGCGACCUCCUACACGCUCCGGCAGUCGGCCCAGCACCGUAGACUCCCUACGCCAAAGCAUCGACUCAGAGUGUGGGCGGUUGUCCCAGGAGUCAGAAUUGGACAGACAGUAUGAAGGUAGAGCCAGAAAAGGAUGUUCCCAGGAGGACCACAACGGACACUCUGCCAGCAGAAAUGAUUAUAUCCCUGCAAUUGCAAGUAAGCCCAAGAUUUCCCGUACACCUGACACAGCAGCCAACCAGAACAGCGCUCACCGGGGUAGAGGCCUGGCCCUGGCUCCUCAGUUCUCACAGUCUGAGCCGCAGCAGAGCAGCCAGCCUGGCUCUGCCAGCUCCACAGGAGGAGGCGGGAAUGGAAGCAGGCAAUCAAAGAGGAGGUGAGGAGGGAGCUGUCACCACGAGGUAGCACUAUCUUCCCAGGAGCAUCGGGCUUCCUGUAACAUCAUCCAACCAGGUUACGAUCAGGGUCAAACAGAGACGGUCGAGGCUUAGUGGCAAGAGGAGGAGCUGGACUGGGUGGAACAAUGUGUAGGAUUGUGGUUCUGCAUUUAGUUUUUUUUUCUUCUCUUUUUUCUCUCUUUUCUCCCUUCGGCUUCAGCGCAGACUACUUCUGUAACCUGAUAUGAUGUUGGACAAUAAACACAACCCACAGUCAUGCGACUCUGCGCACCUGAGUUUCUGCAGUUUUUCCUCAAGGUGAUACAAAAUGUGCGCGACACCCUCCGACCACAGCAGAAUUUAUUUGUAACAAGAUUCAGGUGUUUUAACUCCAAAGUCUAGUGUCGCUCUGAGUUGGGGCAGAAUAUGAUAACGCUUGUCUCUCUUGCUCUCACUCAACCCUACUUGCUUACUUGUCAUGUUCGUUACUUCAGCGGGGAUCAGAAGAUUCCCCGAGGUGCAGCUUUUUGCAGAUAAAUUGUCAUCAUUUCGGACAUGAGCUCAAGUUUUCAGAUCGAACACAGCCAGGGUUGCGAGAGGGAGGAGGAUGGGAGCUUAAAAAUACAGCAGAGACAUUUUUAUCUCUUAAACGCCAUUGCAAAGAGGUACUGAAAGUUCUCAUCUCGACUUUGUAAAUCAAUAAUCGUCGUGAAUUUCACAAUGUACUGUAUUGAUUUUUAACUAUGGUGGAAGAUGUCUGUCCACAUGAAUAAAUUAUUAUACAAGCUGUGUUUCAAAUGUAAAACAUUACCACAAAUGCAUAGCUCUUUGUGGCGGCUCCUAUUUCGCAGAUGCUGCAAAAGAUUUUACAAGAAAGACGAGUCCUGGUAUGACUGUGCAUGUUUUUAAAUGAUAUCCAGAACUUUUUACUUUUAACACACGAGUAGCAUGUAUACUAUAACUGACGGGGAAAAAAACAACUUGAAUUUGUGUUAAUGUCUUAAAUUCAGCUUGAGUUGCUUGUCUAUUUGCACUGUUUGCCUGUGGUUAUUUGUAUUUAUAGUGAGACAUUUCUGUUGCAGUGCAUUUUCAUUGAUAAUAUUCUUUCAAGCAGUUUUAAAUAAAUGUGUGAUGAGUCAGCAGUUUGAAAAAUGA